CCGGUUCCAGCGCUCGGGGAGCCGCCGUCGUGGUGCAGACAUGGCCAAGUCCAAGAACCACACCACGCACAACCAGUCUCGAAAAUGGCACAGAAAUGGCAUUAAGAAACCUCGGUCACAGCGAUAUGAGUCUCUUAAAGGGGUGGACCCCAAAUUCCUGAGGAACAUGCGUUUUGCCAAAAAGCACAACAAGAAGGGCCUGAAGAAGAUGCAGGCCAAUAAUGCUAAGGCCAUGAGCGCCCGUGCCGAGGCCAUCAAGGCCCUGGUGAAGCCCAAGCAGCCUAGGCCCGUGGUCACAAAGAAGAACAGUCGCAAGCUCAGUCGACUUGCGUAUAUCGCUCACCCCAGGUUUGGGAAAAAUGCUCGUGCCCGCAUUGCCAAGGGUCUCAGGCUUUGCCGGCCAAAAACCAAGGCUAAAGCCAAGCCCCAGAGUAAGACCCAGACGGCUGCAGCCCCAGCACCAGCUCAAGCUUCCAAAGGUGCCCAGGCCCCUGCCAAGGCUCCCUAAGAGGCUGCUGUCAGUGUGAGCGUGGAAGGACUGGUGCGAUCUCUGGGCUGUCUCCAGUCUGGGUCCUCCUGUGCUAUUUGUACAAAUAAACCUGAGAGCAGGGAAAAAAAAAAAAUUAAA